AUGCUGCCGUCCAACUCUGAUAGUGAGCGCCGAGAAAAGAGCGAUAUUAACAGUGAGUUUACCGUUUUCAAAAAACGUCAAAUUGAAUGCUCCGAUUCAGAAGAUACGUCGUCCAGAUGCUUCUUCGAAGACAAAUGGUGCCAACGGGAGCUUCGCCGAGCCGACCAAUUUCACCGGGUGGUCAUUGCCGUGUUUUGUCGAGAAGAGCGCCACUUCACCAGCCACGCCUCGAUACAUCUGUGCUCCUCGGACGAGUCGAUGCUCAUGAAUUGGCUGAGGGAAGAGUUCGAGAAGCACGACGAUGGCCACCGCUCGUUUCUCCAGACUAUCGGUGUGGUGUGGAGUGCGCUGCAGAAGCAGUUUUCACCGGAAAUUCGCGAAGACGCGUCCCGAUGGUUCCGCCGAGGAUGUUUGAGACAAUUCGAUGUGAUUCGCCCGGACAAUUGCCGCAUCGACGACGAAUUUUCGGAGGAAGAGGGGAUGUAUUUGAGUUCGGGUACAGAUUCAGAUUCCGAUUCAUGUGAUCUCGAAGAGGGGGAGUCGGCGAAAUGCUGCUGCUGUGUCAGUGACAACUGGCCGAUCAGCGAAGUGACAACCGCCGUCACCACGGACACGCCCAAACGAAUCCUGCUCACUCUGUGCCUGACCAGCGGCGGAUUUCGAAGAGAAUUCGCCGACGAGCUCGUCAAAGAUGACAUUUAUUUAUGCGCGGAACACUCGAAACUCAUCGCAAGGGAGCUGCUCGACUGGUUCGGUGUCGGCUGUGCGAACGGAAAGAUUCCGAAGAUCGAGGACAAUGAAUUCGUUGUCAGACGGGUUUACGAACAAGUGAUUCAUCAUUGGAGCCAGGUGGCGUUCGUAAGCCUCAAAGGUUUUCACAUAUUUUGUGAGGAGCUUUUGCUUAUACUACAAGACGGAACAGUGAAGAGAAGGAAGAGCAAAGGUAAACCCCGAAUUCAGUCGAUCAAUUAAUAAUGUCCCUCUCCAGAUGAUUCGUACGAAGAUGUGAUAGAAGACAUUGUGAAUCAGUACUUCGGCGCGUUGAUAAGCACACUUCCGAAGUCUGACGAAAAGAUGAGGAGGAAAUUGUCGAGUGUUGUGAACAAGGAAAUCGGAUCCGAACGAUCCAUCUCCGAAAGGCUCACAUUCCCAAUGGACAAGGAUAUGAAUAACUAA